AUGUCAAACGUAGAAGAAGGACUCAUGCAAGCUGCUAGGGUUUUCAGCUGCAACUAUUGCCAUCGAGUCUUCACGACUUCGCAAGCUCUUGGAGGUCACCAGAAUGGCCAUCGAAGAGAAAGAGAACUUGUGAAGAGAGCUCAACGCCAUGCCCAGCUUCUUGCCAACCCAAUGCAUCCUUCACUUCGGUUUACUUCUCCUUAUAAUGAAAGAAGUUUUUCUUUUGUUUAUGGCUUAGAGAGUGCUGGUCAUCAUCUUCUUACAGUUCCAUUACCUAUGAUGAACCCUAACCCUUUCUACCAUCAGCCUUAUUCUCUCCCAAGUCAGUAUUAUGGAGAGAGAAGGGGUGAUAUUAGGUUGUCUAGGUUUAAUGAAGCGAUAUUAAGUGAGAAGAUGCCUUCAUCUUCAUCUACAAACUUAGAGAUGGUAUUGUUUACUGGAAGCAGUGGUAAUGGGGAUUAUAAUGAUGGUAUAGAAAAUAAUGGAAGGGAUGAAGAGAAGAGAGAUGAAGUUGAUCUAAGUCUCCAUCUUUGA